AGCUGUUGUUGAGACUCUUGGAGCCACACACAACCGCCAUACAAACCGUCCACCACCUUGGUUGUCGCUACGAGAGAGAGAGAGAGAGAGGUUGAGGAAGUGGGAGAGUGGUUCUUUUCCACACGUCUUUUUACCACCAGAAAUAGUGUUUCUCUUGCCACCGAUUGGAUUCGAUAUUCAAUUCAAUUUGAUUCGAUUCACAACCGACCACCACCAGCCAGCCUUUGCGGUAAAAGCAAAGUGCUCCCCCAGAAAAACCGAUCGUAGUGUCGAGUACACACAAAGCAAAUCAACAUACACAUACACGCGCUCACUGCGCUAUAAUACACCAUGGGUGUCCCCAAGUUUUUCAGAUGGAUGAGCGAGCGAUAUCCUGCCAUAUCGCAGCUCAUCGCAGAAAACCGCAUACCAGAAUUCGACUGCCUUUAUCUCGACAUGAAUGGCAUUAUUCACAACUGCACGCAUAAAGACUCGGACGAUGCAACCUUUCGAAUGACAGAGGAGCAGAUGUUCAUUGCGAUAUUCAAUUACAUCGAGCAUUUAUUUGGCAAGAUCAAGCCCAAGCAGCUCUUUUUCAUGGCGAUCGAUGGUGUUGCGCCUCGAGCGAAGAUGAAUCAACAACGUGCCAGACGAUUCCGCACGGCUCUUGACGUUGAAUUAGCAAGAGAAAAGGCCAUUCGGGAAGGCCAGGAAAUGCCAAAAGAGGAAGCAUUCGACAGUAAUGCGAUUACACCUGGUAAGCCAUUUGCCACUGCUAGCUCUAGUCACAAAAACUAAUUUUUCUAGGUACUGAGUUUAUGCACAAGCUUACCCAGCAGUUAAAGUACUUUAUCAACAAGAAAGUCUCCGAGGAUAUUGAUUGGCAAGGUGUAGAAGUGGUCCUUUCUGGUCAUGAGGUACCUGGUGAAGGGGAGCACAAGAUCAUGGAAUACAUUCGAUUGGCCAAGGCACAACCCGAUUAUAAUCCAAACGUUCGACACUGUCUCUACGGUCUCGAUGCCGAUUUGAUUAUGUUGGGUCUUCUGAGUCAUGAUCCACAUUUCUGCUUGCUGAGAGAGGAGGUCACAUUCGGAAGACAGAGCAAAGCAAAAUCCAAGGAGUUGGAGCAUCAAAACUUCUAUCUUAUGCAUCUUUGCAUUGUACGAGAAUAUCUAGAGCUGGAGUUUCAGGAGUUGAAAGAAGAUGGCGCUCUCGGGUUCCCUUUCGACUUGGAGCGAGUCAUUGAUGAUUUCAUAUUGAUGGCGUUUUUUGUUGGUAACGAUUUCUUGCCAAAUCUUCCCAAUUUACACAUCAAUGAGGGUGCUUUGGCUCUCAUGUUCAAAGUCUAUAAGACUAUUCUUCCUAAAGGACAAGGAUAUAUCAAUGAAGGAGGUGUCAUUAAUAUGGAGCGACUGGCAAUUCUGCUAGAGGAGCUUUCACAUGUGGAGUACCGAUUCUUCGAAUCCGAGAGUGCAGACCAAUCAUGGUUCAAAUCAAAACAAAUGUCCAAAGAGGACGUCAUGGUUAAAGGCAAGGGUAAGGCGAAAGGCAAGCUCACCAUGACUACUCCCCAGCGUGAUAUUUGGAAGCAAGUUAAGAAAUAUGUUUCUCGUCGAUCGGAUAAACCGUUGAAGCUGCCACCGACCUUACCCGCAGCGGACCGAAAGUUCGUCCAGGAGCUUGCGGAGAGUCUCCAUCUGGAAUGGAAGACCGUGGAGAACGAACAAGGUGACCGACAUAUGCAAUUGUCGUUUCCUCCAAAGCUAGUAGCCGACGAAGAAGACGAGGGAGAAGACGGCGAAGACGAGGAGUCCCAGCUCGCUAUUCUACGUGUUGUUAAGCAGUAUGACAAUGCGCAGACCGUUGACCUGAGUAGGGCAGAAGCCCAGGCUGAGAUGGACAAACAAUACGAGUUGAAAUUCCAAGAAUGGAAAGACAAAUAUUACGAGGGGAAGUUUGAGUGGAACAGAAAGGAUGAGACGGAGUUGACAAAACUUUGCGAGAAUUACGUACAGGGUCUUCAAUGGGUGCUCUUCUAUUAUUAUAGAGGGGUCGCGUCAUGGCCAUGGUUUUACCAAUACCACUACUCCCCUAUGAUUUCAGGUAUGCAACCCCUCAGAUUUGAUGUAAUUCAUGAUCUAUAUGCUAAUCUUUUAAAUGUCAGAUGUCAUCAAGGGAUUGAAAGCGGAUAUCAAUUUCAAGCUUGGGCAGCCAUUCCAUCCAUAUGAGCAACUCAUGGGCGUGUUACCAGAUCGAAGCAAAAAGAUUGUUCCCGCUGUUUAUCAUGAUCUAAUGACCAAUCCCAACUCACCAAUCAUCGAUUUCUACCCUCGGGAUUUUGAACUUGAUAUGAACGGCAAGAAGAUGGAAUGGGAGGCUGUGGUUAAGAUCCCUUUCAUUGACGAGAAGCGAUUGCUUGCUGCAAUGGCUCCCAAAAACGCACUAUUGAGUGAUGACGAGAAGUUCAGAAAUGACUUCGGUGUCACUUUGAAGUUUUCUCAUAACCUGGAUCUCGAUUUUACUUAUCCUUCUUCACUUGUUGGAAUCUUCCCGGAUAUUCCUCAUUGUCGCUGUGUUGAAAAUAUUUUCGAUUUGCCUACAAUUGAGGGCCUUGAAUAUCACGUUGGUCUCAUGGAAGGUGUUAAACUUGGUGAUGCUGCUUUGGCGGGUUUCCCAAGUUUGGCCACCAUUCCUUAUAAUGCAACACUAGGAUUCCAUGGAGUGAACGUAUUCCAGUCUGAUAGUCGAAACGAAAGUAUGGUGGUUACCAUUGAAGAUUCGGAAGAGAGGACGAAUGUGACGACCGCAUCUAUGAAAUUGGGUCAAAGAGUAUUUGUUGGCUAUCCAUUUUUAUCGGAAGCCAAAGUUACGAAGGUUUCCGAUGAAUUGUUUGAUUAUCUCCCUUCAAUGGACGGAUCAUCCCACGCAAUUCAGAAACCUCACGGUCCCCGAGAAAUUGAUGAAUUUCGCAAGAAGGCAACUCGAAUUGAGGAGACGUACAGUAAACGCCUUGGUAUUAUCAUCGGUGCAGUUGAGUCGAUCACUCAUGUGGAAAUGCUCAAGGGCCUGAUUAAGACCGACGAAGGUGCAACAAUUAAAGAAUACGCCAUAAUUCCAGGAAAUGAGACCGAGUAUGCAUCUCAGCUUAUCGUUGAUGAGGUUCUGAGCGAGGAUCAGCGGUUCUUGGAAAAGGCCGCUCUUCCAAUAGAAGAGGAAUUCCCACCAGGAUCCCGAGCAUUCUUCUUGGGCGAAUUCAAUUAUGGCAGACCAUUAGAGGUUGUCAGCCACACAGAAAAUCGCGCAGAGAUUUGGUUGUCGACUGUAAAGGGGAAGGAAGUUGAGUUUGGCAGAAAUGUUGUCAAUGGAGGAUCCCAAACCAGCUAUACGCCAUCAUACACAGUUGCGAAAAUGCUCGGCUUGCACCCUCUUGUUUUGAGCAAAAUCACUUCAUCGUUCUCCAUUUCAGCUUGUGGACUUCCACGCCUCAAUCUUGGGCUCAAUCUCAAGUUUGAGGCGAAGAAGCUGAAAGUUCUGGGCUAUUCUCGUCGAUCAGACAAUGGUUGGGAAUUCAGCAACAAGGCCAUUGAAUUGCUUAGCACAUACAUGACCAAGUUUCCAGAGUUCAUUGCUGGUAUUCAACGAAAUCCUCGUGCAAGCGAGUUCCAAGAAACCGAUUUUUAUCCUGCCGAGGUGGCGAGUGUCAAGAUUAAGGAGAUUGUUGCUUGGCUAAAGAGCAUCGAGUCCAAGAAUUUCGAAAAGGUCCCAUUGGACGCGGAGCAACUCGAUUCCAAUGCUGUGAUGGCAAUUGAGGCGGCCGCCGAUCAAAAUGUGAUUACAGAAACCGAGUUCAAGAAGCUGAAGGGGGUUCCUCGAAAUGCUUUGAUGAAACCCUCAGAUGCCGAACAUCGUCUGGGUGGACAGCGAUUCGUUUUGGGCGAUCGGGUCGUCUAUGUACAGGAUUCUGGCCGAGUACCUAUCGCCACUCGAGGAACAGUGGUUGGUAUUUCACGUACUCCUAGAACCACUCUGUUGGAUAUCGUUUUCGAUUCCACAUUCAUGAGUGGAACCACUUUAGGUGACCGUUGCUCUCCUUUCCGUGGUUCCACGGUCCCAGCCGCCUCUGUUCUCAACUUGACCAACAAACAAGUCAUCGCUGGUUCCAAAGCCGCAUCAGAAAAGAGACCUGCACCUGUCAACACACCAUUGACUGUAAAUGGCGGCUACGGUAAUGUUCCUGGAGCGGGUGGUAGGGGACAAUAUCGGGACGCUGGUGCACCUCCUCCUCUUAGAGGAUCUUUCCGUGGUGCUAUUGCUGGCCAAGGACAAAAUGUAUUCAACCGAGGAAACGGAAACGGCUAUUAUAGAGGUCGGGGACGAGGAGGUUUGGGAUAUGUUGAUAACAAUGCUGGACCACCAGUGCACAGCAGCAUGGCAAUGCGGGGUGGCCCGGCAAAUGGAGGAGGUGCGAGAGGCGGCGCAAUGAACAACGGUUUUCGAGGUGGCAGAGGUGGAAUGAACAACUUCAAUGCUGUUCCACCCCCUCCCAGCUUGGAUAACCGGGGUCGCAGUAGAGGUCGAGGCGGACGAGGUAGAGGAGCUCCUCGUGGUCGAGGAAUUGUUGCGCCAGCCCCCGACGCUUGAUUUCUUUUUUGAGUGAACAUGUCGUUGGAUAACGAAACGUUCUGGUAUCAUUUUAACGAAAGACACGCUGUCAUGAGUAUGAAUGAAUGUUGGAAUGAUUUCGUUAGGUUUGAGCGAGGUCGUUUGGCAGGGCAUAUUCAGGUGUACAUGUAUCACCAGGCAGUUGAGUGAAGUACUCUUGACGAGUGCAAGGAAUUGAAAUGCUUCUAGUGGCAUAUCGCACCAUAACAAAUAUCUUCUCCCAAACCUAGUUAUCUAUGAAAUUUUCCCCUUGUGUUUGUGAUAGUAUACAACUAGACUUUUG